AUGUCCCCGGAACUGGUGCUGCAAGAUAGGCCGCGUUCGGCGACCCUGGAAUCGGGGUCGCGAAAGAGGCGACGUUCGGCGACCCCGGAAGAUUAUGUAAAUGUGGUCAAGACGGCCAGGUUUGCCUCGAAACAAAUCGAGGCGCUCGACUACAGGUACGUGAAGAUUCUGGGACACGGUGGCUUUGGCAUCACCAUUCUCUAUGAAAUGACUCCCAUUGAGGGCAAACGCAGGUUUGUUGUUAUCAAGGCACCUUUGGAGAAAGAAAUCGACGCAAAAGUUAAAGACAGUGUCGGCCAGGAGCGUCAGAUGCUAGCUGUACGAGGCCACACACCCCCCCAUCACAUGCCCCACCGCUGUCUGCAAAGAUUUAUCGAGCUGAUCUGUUGGGUCGACUGGCAGAAUUUUGAGGGCGCCAAACACAUUAUUCAAGCCCACAGCUGGCCUGAAGGUCUCCAAGAAUUGAUCAAUGAACGCGAUGGAACGGAUGCCGCCGACCUAGGGCUCUACAUAAUCUCGGAUUACUACAGGCGCGGGGACCUGCAGAAAGCCGUACAAAAGUUUGUCGAUGCGCAUGAAACACGCCGCAAGGAAGGUAGAGAGCCUGUGGGGCGUCCGUUGCUCCCGAACCGGCUUCUGUGGCACAUGUUUGACUGUCUCUUUAAAGGUGUGGUCGGUAUGGCCUACCCGCCCAUCGAUAGGAAGUACUACGCCGACGGAGCACGCGGUCUCAUCGAAGAAUACUCUCUGCUCUCCGAACCAACAACCAACUAUAUACACUUUGAUCUUUCCCUGGACAACGUCUUAGUCGGCGACCCAGAUCAACCAGGAGAACAAAACCCCCGCCACCCCAUUGUACCGCCGCUAGUGAUAUCAGAUUUCGGUCUUUCCAUGGAUAUCAAUGACCGGAUCCGACAAGACCUAAUCCGGAUUUGGAACACACGAAUGCGAGGCAAGGAGCUUUAUUACACGCCUGAACAAUUCACCUCCGAGUGGGAUCAUGUCGAGACGCUACCGGCUGGCCUUCAACCCGCCGGAGCCAGAAUUGCGGGCAACUAUACUUGGAAGACUAACCUCUUUCAGGUUGGCAUGAACCCCCCCCGGCCGCUUGCGUGGGCGUUAGACGACGAAGACCAACAACCGUACAUAAGGACAUAUGGGAGCUGGCUGACGAGGAACCUGCGGCUCAGCUUGGUCGAUGACAACCUUCGGCGUCUUGUAGCCGAGUGCAUGAUUGAGGAUCCAGCGCGCCGGCCCGAGGUGGGCUACAUCCACGAAAGGAUUCAGGAGGCGCUCAGCGCAACCGAUGAUCAGGAGAAGACAGGGCUCCGCAGAUUCGUGGACAAAUUCUAUGGCGACCCACCUGAGCCGAUUCGGGCCCCGGACUUGAUGCUCAGAGCUUGGCUUCAGAAUCGCUUCUGGGCGGAUCGAAGAAGGGCGCCAGAGUAUUACCUCCGGCGCGCCCCGGAUGCACCUGCGAACGAAGACCCACGCGAAGCGCCUAGGGGCCAGGGGGGUGCCCAAGAGCAAGGUGCUACAGGCCAAGGAGGCGCCCAAGAGCAAGGUGCUGCAGACCAAGGCUCGGUGCAGAGCUAA